GCCUUGCAGCCUCUGGAGGAUGUGGCUGACUAGUCCACUCAGAGCUGGCCAUGAGAGAGCUAAACAGCCUUGGGACCACGUGACUGCAUCCUCCCACUUGGGCUUGUUGCCCAUGACUCAGCAGCCCAUAAAAGCUGGGUAUGCAGCAAGACUGUAUGCUGGAUUCUUCUCCUGACUUGCUUGAUCCCGGAGGCCUCCUAGGAGCUUGGUGGCCAUGGCACAAUGGAUUCUGCUCCUUGUAGCUCUCCUGACCCUGGGUCAUGUGCCACCAGGAAGCAGCGAAUUCAAAAAGUGCUGGAAUGGCCAAGGGGCUUGCCGGAACUACUGCAUGAGGCAAGAAACCUUCAUGCACCUGUGUCCAGACGCUUCCCUGUGUUGCCUCACCUACUCACACAAGCCUCCACCCGCCUCCAAGAUCAACCAGGAGUAGCCUGCUCUGGCGCUGGCACCCUUACUCCCAAUAAAAUUCAUGCCACAGGCUCUCUCUGAA